CCCGCAACCGUCACCGGAACCCUCGCCCUCGUUCACGGAUUUACCGACGAAUCCAGCUGGUUCCUCCAGCUCAUCACCAUCUACUUCACGAAGGCUGGAUUCGUCACCUGCGUCAUUGACCAUCAGGGCCACGGCUUCUCCGAUGGCCUCAUCGCCCACAUCCCUGACAUCAACCCCGUCGUCGACGACUGCAUCGCCUUCUUCGACGAAUUCCGCUCUCGCUUCGAUCCUUCUCUUCCUUUCUUCCUCUACUCCGAAUCCCUCGGCGGCGCAAUCGCGCUAUUAAUCACUCUCCGCUGCUGCGACUCGCCGGAAAAUGUCUCAUUCGCGAACCGAGCGUGAGCUCUCAUUAUGGUGUCGUC